AUGACUCCAAAUAUGAUAUUAAUGAAGAAUCUGUACAGAAAAACUAUUAAAAAACACGAGACAGUUUUAAAUGAAAAAAAUAGUAGAUUUCAGUUCGAAAAAUCCAGCCCUUCACUAUUUUCUUCACCAACUAAAUUAUGGAUAUUAAAUAUUAAAAGAUUUCGGACUUAUGGAAGAGAAUAUCAGCCGUCAAAUAGAGUACGCAAACGAAGACAUGGAUUUCUUAGCCGAAAACGAUCGGCUAGUGGUCGUAGAAUUCUUGCUAGAAGAAUAACAAAAAAAAGAAAAUAUUUAACACAUUAA